AUGUCACCGGAGGCAGCUUGCCGUCUCUGGCACUGCAAGUGGCUGGCAACUGAGCAACACUGCCAAACUAUGUCUUUUACUGGCAAGAUAUCAAUGAAAUCUGGACCCAGACAACCCAGUGAAUCACAGUGGGAAAACUACGCCAUCUCAAGCGCGCGAUCUCCAUCUUCUCUUCAUCCUCACUCCUCCAACAUCAACCCCUUUCUCUUGACACUGAAGCGCGUAUUGUACACCCAAAAGACUAUCACGAACACUGAAUUACGCAAGCAAGAGUCCUCAAUAAUCUCUGAGCAGACGCUCAUUUUUCUUCAUCUCUACUCGCCAUGGAGUCGCGAAGUUGGCGUGAUGGAGGCUCUAGCUCCGGCCAAAACUUCCGACCCCAGGUUUGCAGUCACUUCAAACGAGGGCACACAUUGCAACUUCGGCAAGAAUUGCAGGUUCCUUCAUGAUACAUCGCUCCUUUCUGGAAGUUCUGUGCCACAGACUCCUGCUCCCAACGCAAACCGUGAUAUCAACAAGCGACAGACGAUAUGGAAAACUCAACUUCGCAAGGACCCCUCAAACUUUCGAGGAUCAUCUGCCAUGAAAGAACUCCAAAAGUUCUGGCAGAGAGCACUAGAUGUUCUGAACGAUGAUGACCACGAGUUUCACCAGAAGCUUGCUCAAGAACUCGUCAACGACAAUGGCAACGGCCCACGAUACGUUCUCCAGACAGCGGAGAAUGAGUCUUCGUCUGGCAUUGAGGCUAUGAAACCCUCCUUCCUGUUUCUUCAGGUGAUCUCUCACUCAAGCCUCACCGACCAGUUAUCUAUUAGUACCCAUAUUGGUACCAUCUACACUCUCUUUGCUGGUACUAAUGGAGAUCGAAGCAUUAGCUUGUUGAGCUCCUUGUGCGAACAAGCUCUAGAGAGCACUGAACUUAUUGCCGACAUUCUGAGUCAAAACUUCCAGACAUUGUACGAGUCAUUCUCGCGGCAUUCUAUCGACUUCUCAACAGAGUUACGAGAACACGUUUGUGUGAGGAACUACCUGAUCUGA